AAAAGCUACAACCCUUCGCUUUCCCUCCUCUCAUAUCCCUUUCUCUCCCUCUCACUUCUUAUCGCUAAUGGGAAUCAGAGUCCCAUUAAAAGUGGUACCUUUCUUCUUAUCGGUUCUCUUCUCUUCCUCAAAUACUAUUUUUUUUUCUUUCGUAAAAUUCCUCAAGUUCUAACCGCUUUAGAGUCCCCUGCAUCAUUCCAAUCUCUUCUGAAACAAUUAUAGAGUCUAUUUGGUCUUCCUUGUUUUUCUUUCUUUUCUUUCCAGAUUGAAGGCUUCCAGGAGAAAUUGAUUGGACGUCCAAUUAAGAUGAAGCUAUCGAACUGUGGUCCUCUGCUCAAAGAUCCUUCAUAUAAAAGGCGAUGCUUCUGCAACCUUAUUUCUGCAGCUGCUCUCCUUUGUAUAAUUUCCUUCGUGGGGAGCGCGUUUGUUACAAUUGAUAUUAAAGAGAAAAUAUCAGCUUGGGGAGCAGCUAAUUCUAUGCAGACCAAUCAAACAAAUUCAAAGGCUAAACUCAAUUUACAGAUCGCUCAAUCCAAUUUAUGCAAGAGUCAAUGCAACCCUGCAGGAAGCGAACCAUUACCCAAAGGCAUUAUUACCAAGACUUCGAACUUUGAAAUGCAGCCUCUUUGGGACUCUCCAGAAAGAAAGAAAAUAUCAGCUCGGAGGGCGGCUAAUUCUGUGCAGACCAAUCAAACAAAUUCAAAGGCUAAACUCAAUUUACAGACAACUCAAUCCAAUUUAUGCAAGAGUCAAUGCAAGCCUGCAGGAAGUGAACUAUUACCCAAAGGCAUUAUUAGCCAAACUUCGAACUUUGAAAUGCAGCCUCUCUGGGGCUCUCCAGAAACAAAGGGUAAAACCAAACCUUCAAAGAGCUUAUUGGCAAUACCUGUUGGAAGAAAACAAAAAAGAGUUGUGAGUCAGAUUGUAGAGAAGUUCCCUUCCAAUAAUUUCACCAUAAUGCUUUUCCAUUAUGAUGGUGUUGUGGAUGAAUGGAGUGACCUACAGUGGAGUGAUAGUGCCUUGCAUAUCUCUGCAAUCAAUCAAACAAAAUGGUGGUUUGCUAAGCGUUUCUUACAUCCAGAUAUAGUUGCUGAGUACAAUUACAUCUUCCUUUGGGAUGAGGAUCUUGAAGUGGAAAAUUUUCAUCCCCUAAGAUAUUUGUCAAUCAUCCAGAGGGAAGGACUAGAGAUAUCACAGCCUGCGUUGGACACUGCAAAAUCCGAGGUUCAUUAUGGAAUCACUGCACGGAGGAGAAAAGGAGAUGUACACAGAAGAAUGUACAAGUUCAGAGGUAGUGGGAGAUGUUACAAGAAUAGUACUGCUCCUCCAUGCACAGGGUGGGUAGAAAUGAUGGCUCCUGUUUUUUCAAGAGCUGCCUGGCGUUGCACAUGGCAUAUGAUUCAAAAUGACUUGAUUCAUGCUUGGGGUCUAGACAUGAAGCUUGGUUAUUGUGCACAGGGUGAUCGGAGCAAAAAGGUUGGAGUCGUGGACAGGGAAUACAUAGUUCAUAAGGGGAUCUCUUCGCUAGGUGGGUUUGAUGAGAACAAGCAAAAUAUGGAUAGUCCUAGUGGUGCAUCUCAGACAAAGCCUUCUAACUUCAAAAAAGUGGUGCAUCAUAGAUCUUCUACUUUAAAAGACAGAUAUGCGGUGAGGAAGCAGUCUUAUUUCGAAUUGGAUCUUUUCAGAAAGAGAUGGCAAAAGGCUGUCACAGAGGACAAGUGCUGGAUUGACCCAUACCCUGAAUUGUCAAAGAACUCAACUCAAUAGUUGCAAGAAUGUGAGAAGUGAUGCUAAAAUUAUGAGCCAGAGAAUGCUUCAACAUGUACUUGUAAAAUGCAAGCUGAUACCAUAUUUCUACCAAAAUUUGCCACCCAAUUGGUACCCUUAUUUUUAGAUUAUUUCUUGUAGAAGGUCAUAUUGUUGCUGGUAUGACCAAACUGAACAGCUUAUAAUAACUUCUAGGAGCUGUUUUCUUGCUAGCUAGGUUUCCGAAGAAAGAAUAUCCUGAAAAGCUUUUAGAAAAAUAAUUUACUUAGCUGGUCUGUAGCUUUUACAUGCUUACUAAAUGGAAUUGUAUAUGAUGCAAGCUUGAUU